AUGAACGAAUCGAAACGAUACUUCGAUAAGGCUAACUCUUCAGAAUCUUACUCCGAGCUCUACAUGAUUAGCUUUUACUUAGCUGGUGUAAUUGGUUCAAUCUUAAUCAAUUACAUUAUUCAUCAAUUCAUACCUGAAGACUCCACAUUACACUCGCACCAUUACGGUCCCCCACCUGGCACUGCUUGUAAGGAAUCCACAAAGAACUGCAAUCCCUUAUCAUCACAAAACGACGAAAGUUCACCCUUGUUACAGAAUGGUCACAUGACCAGUAUGAUGUAUAAUGGGUCAAAUGAUGACCUUCCAAGGGAUUCCACUAGUCUGAAUGAUAUUCGUGACUUUUGUGAGGAAGACAGGUCAAAUGAGCAUUCGACUUUCGUGGAGGUUGAUGUCGAUGAAUCUAUUUCUCCCGUACUCAAACCUUUCCGCUAUCUUCACGAAAAUGAUCAAAGUAAUUACCUUUUGGAGCAGGAAAAAUCUCAGUUGAUGCGCAUAGGCAUUCAGACAGCCUUGGCUAUUUCCAUUCAUAAAUUUCCCGAGGGCCUCGUAACUUUCAUCAGCUCGAAGGUAUCGUCAUCAGUGGGAGUGGCGUUAUUUUUUGCCAUCGCUCUUCACAACAUCUCCGAAGGAUUCACGAUGGCCCUUCCACUAUACCUGGCCACACAGUCACGAGCAAAAAGUUUCUUGUAUGCAAGUCUAUUGGGUGGAUUGAGUCAACCGCUGGGUGCUCUCGUUGGUUGGCUACUUUUGAAAAGAUCGGAGGCAGAAUGCUGGAAUCAUGACUUCGUGUAUGGUGCCUUGUUUGGAGCCACCGGUGGCUUGAUGGCUGUCAUAUGCAUUCAG